AUGUCUUUGAUAACUUUACACAGAAAGUGUUCAAUUGCUUACGAAAAUCGUCUUUGUUCGUUUGCUGCCUUUAUCACAUUGUGUGUUCUCUUAAUGGCAGUAAUUUCUCCUUUUGUUUGGAUUUACAAAAGCAACAGCGAUAAGUUUUCUAGAAAUAAUGAUUUCAUCAUCUUCAGUCAACCAGUUAUUAAGUUCAAGUACAAAUUUAUUUUGUUAGCUGAAAAUUCAAUGGAUAAUGAAGAGAAAGUUAUUAUGUGCAGUUCAUUUGAUCUUUUGAACAAUGAACAUCAAGGCGAAAAUUGCGCAAAACUUAAAGUAGUCGAGAAAGAUGAAAACUACGAUGGAGUUCCAGAUGAGAUUCAACUUUCAGUAGAGCUCCACACAACCCACAAAUACGGUAUUAAGAUGUUGUCGUUGGUGGCAUUCUUUGACGGUUUUGUGUACGACCAAUGCCUGUUUAACAUUCCAACUGCAAUCGUUGUCAUUCAAAAGCCAUUUGUCAACUUGUAUAAUCGAAAAAUUCUCAUCAGUGGAUCAUUUCAACCUUACCAGAAUCAAGCUUUGCAAUGUCCAUUCUUACUGAGAAGGGUCAGGUCGCAUUUCUUCUAUGAAAGAAUCAACGAAAAUCAGACAAAUCUUGACGAGUUUCAUUUUGAGAACAUCAAGGAAAAUUUGGAAAGGAAUCCAAUCUUCUUUUACUUUCAAGAAUCUUCUACAGAGUUACAGGAAAUUGAAGAAGAUAAAACAAUUGUCAGGAUAAAAAUAAACAUCCCAGAAAUUCCAAUUCGUUAUAGAAAAACUUUUUGGCAGCUCGUCAAUGAUCUGUGGAUUAAUUAUAUUGCGAUUUUUCUCAUCACUCUCACUGUUUAUAAAUUCAUUUUAAAUUAUCUCUUUGAGAAUCGAUAUCUUAGAGCACUCAAAAGAAAUCAUUUGCUUAAGAAGGAAUAUUGA